AUGUAUUUACAUUAUUUACACGCUGAGUCACACUGCGUGUUCCAUACUCCCAGCAGAUAUGGUAAGCACAGACUAGAGCACAUUCUAGCCGUGAAAAUUAUCAUAGAGCGUAUUCCAGCUGGUACCGCCUCGUGGCUGACAAAGAAAGAGACAGUGAUGCAGCAGAUGGCAAGCAAAAUAACACUCGAGCCCGCUGCCGUCGUCGCAACGGCUCCGUCCGAUUGCCGGGGUAACAAAGGUGUAGCACACCAGGAUGAGGCCGAUGAUGCGGCUACUGUCGACGAGGCCAAGUCCAUCAGUCGGGAGAGGAAAGCUCUUAAAAAAGAGAAAAGGAAAGCCAGAAAGCUAGCCAAGCGGUUGCUUGAUGAAGGGGACGCAAAAGCUGUCGCGGGACAGGCCAAGGCCAAGAAGGCUAAGGUAACCCCUGAAGCCGACUCGGCGGUAGUCGUCGAGUCUAAUCAAGUGGAGGCACCGUGCAAGAAGGCUAAGCUUGUUGUCGCCUCGGACAAAAAUGAGACAAAGAAGAGAGCGAGAGACAUAUCCACGCGUUUGCCGGCUGAGGGGGAAGCCGAAGUUGGAAAGGCCAAGGCCAAUGCCGAGACGGUGACCAAGGUAGUCACGAGGGCUGAGGUAACCCCUAAAGCUGUAGAGGCAAAGUCGGAAAAAAUGGAGCCCGCCUCCCAUGAUACGUUUGUCGCUAAUUGGGUUCUUAAAUAUAGUGCUGAAUUCCCGAAUGAGGAAGAAAUUGCAAUGUGUGUUACUCAUCCCCGGCCGGAGUAUAAAGAGUGCGCGAGGCCCUUGGAUUUAAUGAUCCCAUGUGUGGAUGUAGACCCAGAAGUAGAAGCGCCUGCUCGGGUGGUGACGAGGGUCGACUCUCCACCUAAGUCCGUCUCCACUACCGCUAUGCAAGUUCCUUCCGGCCCUGUUGAACACUCUGAUCCGGAGCUAGCGGUCCAUUCUUCGGCCAAGGGGUUUGUCGCCCGCACUAUUGCGGAGUUCGAGGCCAUUUCCGAUGGAACUGAUGUUCAAGCUGUUGCUGCUGACGUCCCAGCGGAGGAGUCAGGGUCUGACACUGAUUCUGAAGCUGAUGACCCAGAGCCAGCUGACGAGCCAGUUCGAGGAAGGAAGAGGAGAGCCGCUACGACACGGAAAGGUCCCAAGACAGUUGCUCAGGAUGCACAGGACGACGAGGCGUCCUUCCCUGAAGUCAGCUUUAACGUUCAGGAUGCACAGGAAGACGAGACGUCCUCUUCUGAGGCAAGCUCUAACGUUCAGGAUGCACAGGACGACGAGGCGUCCUCCCCUGAAGCAAGCUCUAACGUUCAGGAUGCACAGGACGACGAGGCGUCCUCCCCUGAAGCAAGCUCUAACAGGUCAGGCGGUAUUACUAGCAAGGCAGCGGUAACAAAGCAAACUAGAGAGGCAGUUGGAUUUAUAUAA